AUGGGAAACUACAUGACUUGCCAUUCUUUUCAAUCGUCUACUCCCAAAACGGCGAAGCUUUUUGAUGCUCAUGGGAACCUCCGGCGAGUUAAGGUCCCGGUGACGGCGGCCGAGCUCAUGCUGGAAGAACCCGGGUACGUAGUGUCUAGGGUGGAUGACCUCCGGCGCACUCGCCGGAUUCCGGCCAUGCGGGCCGACGACGUGUUGUUAGAGGGAAAAGCUUACUUGAUGAUGCCGGUGAGUAGGGUGCACUGUGUGGUCUCGGAAGUGGAGAUGGCACUAAUAGCCGCUGCAUCGAAGAAGAGGUCGAAAAAGCGAGGUGGGUCUAGGGUUUUGCCUGCUGGAAACGAAGGAACGACUGAGAAUUUGGAGGUUCAGAGUAGGGUUUUGGGUAGUGAUGGUGGUGGUGAUGGUGAUGUGGGUUUCUUUGGUCGUCAUCGGUUGGGGAAUUUCAGACAGUGGAGUCCAGUUUUGGAGACCAUUUCUGAAGGAAGUUAA